AUGAAUGAAGAUGAAAGUGUUCAGGACUUUCAUAUGACUGUUUUGGAUAUUGCAAAUGAUCCAGAAUACUUGGGAGAGAAGAUAUCUGAAGAUAAGUUGAUCAGGAAGAUGCUCAGGUCUCUUCCAAGGAAGUUUGACAUGAAAGUUAUUGCUAUCGAAGAAUCUCAUGAUAUAAGCACCAUGAUUGUGGAUGAAUUGGUAGGUUCUCUUAAGACCUUUAAAUUUUCUAUCAAUGAAAGGUAUGAGAAGAAGGAAAAGAAGAGUAUAACUUUUACGUCUAGUACUAAAGACUCAAAGGACUGUGAUGAGUUGAACUUAUAA